CACACACACACGUUUGGUACUUCCUGCGUAAAAGUUGGUGGUCUCGUGUUGAAGAUGUGGUGAAAUGCAUUGUGUAGAUGAGAAAACAGUAACAACAGGAAACUCGCACCACACGAUCCUUACUGGCAUCCAAACAUUCUCCUCAUCUCAUUAUCUUUUACUAAAGUCACACUGAAACUUUUGGGGACAUUUGGAAUAAUCAGUAUUUUACUAUUUCCUUUAGAAUCAACAAAAUCGUGCAAUUUGCAUUUUUUUCCAUUAUUAUCAUGUUUUCUUUACAUCACUGCAGGUGGGUUUGAUAACUGAGGUGUGUGUUUUCAUGAGGCUUCAUCUUCUCAUGGUUUCUUUGUGUGUGGUUCUUUUGUCUUCUCCCCUUAUAGAUUUUAUUCCAGCAUCCUUCAUAUAUAAAUUAGAGGAGGGUUGAUGAACGGCACAAAGCAGGGUGUAUGAGAGCGACUGAUUGUUAGGAUGGAACCUGUUGUUCACUUUUUGAAGAGAUAUGUGGGACGUUUUGGGAUGUUUAAUCUUGUUCUCUUGGCUCUGUUUUAAAAAGCACAGUUUUAAAACAGAUUUUUUAAAUAUUCAUAACAUUACAAUUCAAACAACUCAGAAACAGUGUAUGUUAAUCGACAGGAAGUUGGAUAUGUAAUAAAGGUUAUACUGUAUGUAAUGUGUGUUGGCAGGGCAGAGUCUCAGAGCUGCUCUGGUUGGAGUCGUGGUCUCUGGAGUGAAGCAUCCCUGGGUUGAGUCUUUAGCUUUAGAGAUUCAAACAAGAGAGAACUUUUGGAUUUCUGUUAUUUCAGUAUCUUGAGAUUGUAACAAUAAUCACUUAUAAUUAGCUCAGAUUUCUAUUUUGUCAGAUUGUGAAUCGGUCAGGAACGAGACAUGAUCACGCUGUUGGGGGAUUAAGUGUGUUAUUCUGCUGUUAUUAUACUAAAUCAGAAAAAAUGCUACUUCCUGUGUAAAUGCUGACGUGUUGGUAUUGAAGGCGUGAUGAAAGACAGGAUGCAGAGUAUAAAGUAGGUAACAGUGAAAACAGGAAGCUCAGACAUCACAAAUCUCAUCUCACGAUGGCUGGAUUUACUAAGAUUUUUCUGAAACAGUUUAAGGGGUUGGGGCUGGUCACCAUGCUGCUCCUCGCUUUGGAGAAAGUGGGAGAUGGGGAAGCAGAAGAAGAAGAUGAUUACAGUUAAAGAAACCUGCACAUGCCCAAGGAUCUGCUACACCAUCAUUGCAGUCCUCAUCUGGUUGAUGCUGUUAUUAAUGGAUGGCCGAUACGUUGCCUGUGGGACUUCAAAUUGGGACGGUGUGUACACAAAGACGGACAAUUUAGCGCUCACACAGUGGUGCAGGCCGAAUAAUGAGUCAUCAGUGUCGGAGAAGGAGCUGAGGAUUGUGACUGCAGUGUUCUGGUCUCAGGUUGUAGGUUCAAGUUUGAUUGUGGUCAUCGCCAUUUCACUUGUUUGCUUUUUUUUUGCAUUCAAUAAUAAUGAAAAUCAAGCAGUGGACAGUGUUGAAAUGGAAGCUUCGGAAAACAGCAAAAUUAAACUGCAUGCAUCAGUUAGCAAGAAGAAGCUUGUCUUUGAAAUCGAGGAGGAUUCGUCCACGUAAACACAUUCUCUUAUUCAGUGUGUAGUCUUCCUGCAGUAUUACACUAAAAUGACCCAAUGCCUUACAGAAGUCUAUUUAAAGUUUAUUACUACUUCAUUUACUCUGUUUAUUAUCUAGCGAUUUGGAUGUAAUUAAAAUAAUAAACGUAUAUAUUAAGUAAAGAUUUCUUACUUGUCAGGUUGGUAAGUUAGAGCUGAUUUCACUGUUAUGGAUUGUGAAGUGUCUUUUGUUUGCUGCUGUACUGUAACACCUCAAACACAUUAAAUAUCAUUCUCUCUC